AUGGGGAUAUCGCCGGGCUGGGGCUGGCUCCUUCUCCCAGUUUGCCAGGCUCUGGUUGUCCCCAGGGAGGUCAGCAGCCGGGCAGGGGAGACGCUCUCCCUCCGCUGCUGGUACCCCCGGGGUUAUGAGGCCUACAACAAGUACUGGUGCCGGGGGGCCAUCCGGGACUCCUGCCACAAGGUGGUGGAGACAGUGGGCAGGGAAGCACCCCGGCAGCGCGGCCGGGUCUCCAUCCAGGACAGCCACAUCUUCUGCGUGGUUCUGCUCACCGUGGAGGACCUCUCCGAGGCAGAUGCUGGGAGUUACUGGUGCGGGGUCGAGAGGAUGGGCAGGGACCUGAUGGAGCCGGUGACAGUGAGGGUGGUCCCAGCCUUAUCAGCUACCCUGGCAGCUCCCCCGGCCACCCCCACCCCCUGGAUCUCCACCACCGCAACAGAGCAUCUCCCCACCAACAACGCCACUGCCGUGGGCCCCGGGGGACCAGCCCUGAGUGCCCUGGUGCCCAGUGCGGUCCUGCUCUCCCUCCUGGCUGCCGCCGGCUCUGCUGGGCUCCUCUGCAUCCUGCGCAGGAGGAGGGAAGCCCCUGCCACCCCCUGCAAGCUGGGCACUGCUGCGGAGCCAGACCACAGCCCCAUCUACGACAAUGAGCUGGACCUGGCAGAGGGUGGCUGCAGUGACAUGGAGCAGGACCCCAAGCUGGAGAACGACGGUAUCUACACAAACACCCUGCGUCAGGAGGAGGUGACGGGGAUGCCCGGCUGA